UGUAAAAAAACAGAAGCCUUAAUAACUUUCAUUGCUUUUAAUUUCAACUAGCCAAACAGAGGUUGUGAAACUGAAUGGGCUUCAAGCUGGACCCUUGGGUACUUGGACCCAUAAUACGGUUUAUAAUUUCUGGGAGCUUUUUUCCUUCAAGCACUUGGCGGGCAAAGCAGAGAUUGAAGGCGACCAUGCCAAGUAGAAAGAAAGCUUCUAAAAAACACGCAACUAUCUCGAAAGCAAGCUUGUUCCUCCUCAAGAGCAAGAGUACUUACUAUGAAGGGGAACGUCUUGCUUUUCUUCUCAAAUCGGUUCGGAGGGAGAUAGAGUCAGCAAGACUCCGGGAUGGGAACUCCUUACCUGAAAAACAACAGUUCUCAAUUGGGGUCAUUGAUGUCACUCGUGCCCUUGAACGCAUGCCACCAAUUGCUCGAGUGAGAAGCUCUCCUCAACAACCCCAUUCAAUUUGCAGCAAUCAUAAAGCACCUUUGGAUCAGCUUCAGGUUGUAUUGUUAGCUUCUGAUCGGUGGCUGAUGAAGCAUCUUCCAAUCAUGGCCUCAUCAAGGAGGGUUCCACUGAUCCAUGUCAAAGAUAAGAAAGGAGGCUCUUUAAGGUUGGGUGAACUUUUUAGACUCAGAACAGCAAUGGCGAUUGGAGUGAAGGCUAAAGGAAAUGCCAGUAACCAGCUUUUUGAGAAAAUUCUCCAUGGUGAUGAAAUAAAUCAUGGAACCAAUUGCAUCGACACAAUUGCAAUGCCUGAUGGACCAUGUCAGUGACAUGUACAAUGAACAGUCAUGAAAGGAGUUCGACCCAUUGCAGAAAGGGAGGGGUGGAAGGCUGCUGUCGGAACCAGUUACUUGAGACCAACUCGCACAUCUUAUCGGUCGUGUGAGUUUAUUGCUUCUUUCAAGACCCUGAAGAAUGAUCAUAUCAAAUUUUUGCAAUGGUCCACUCGUCUACAUGCAAUCCGGGAAUGUUUUUUUUCUAAUUGAUCUUAUGGUUUUAUUUAUGUUCUUGUAAUUGUUUUGUAAGUAUGUAAGUCCUUGUAAAUAAAGGGGAAUUCAUGAAAUGUUUUAGGAAUAAUUACUCUUCUACCAUAAAUUAUUUGGAAAAUGAUUUGUAUAGUCCAAAGAUAUACAAAUAACAUGUAAUCCUUUAAAAAAAUUUCAUACAAAAGAAUCACCUUUUUCA